AUGGCUACUGAAAGAAGACCAGACCCUUCCUCAUUGGUUUGUGCUCAGUUGGGACUCGAGUUGACUGUAUUGAAAAGCGAUUGUCCUCUUUAUGACACCAUGACUGGUGAGAAAGUUCGUACACAUCUGGAUGAAGCCUUGGAAGCUGAAUAUAAUAGCCUACUUGAUGACAUGGUAGUGCUAGUUGCCGAAAAAGGGGAAUAUACAAUGAGAAUAAUGAAGUUAUUGAGGCUCAAGGAUAAUGAUUACGGAGGGUUUGGUGGAGCUCAUUGUUUGAAUAAAGAGGGUUACAGUGAUGUUGUUGAAUCUCUAGGAGAACUUAGCAUCCACUUGAACAACGUCGUCACAAAUAUUUCAUAUUGCACAAAGGAUUGCAGUAGUAGUAAUGAACUGAGUAACAAGGUUAAAAUUUCAACAUCAAAUGGCAAGGAGCUUCUCGGAGAUGCUGUCCUAGUCGCUGUGCCACUUGGCUGUCUACAAGCAGAAACUCUAGUGUGGAUCUUAACAGCCUGCAUUUUCUUCUUCUUAAGACCAGAUUUGGCAACCUUAAGGCUUCUAUUCACAACACUUAACCUUGCAAGAGCUGCUUUCUUUAGAUCAAGCCUGUAA